AUGGUGCCGCAGCAGUUCUCGCCGGAUCCCUACGAACCGAACGAUGCUCUCGAUGAUGACAGCUUUGAGGUAGACGUCGAUGAGGCGGCUUACCUUACGAAUUGUGAGCCUGUGUUGGAAACGACCGGGGGCGCGCUCUCGGGUCACGAGACGGACCAAGAGUCUAUCGAGUUCUUCAGGCGGCUUUGCGGUCGCCCUGCUGCUCGGACGAGCCUCCUGAGUGCCUCCGAAUCGCUUUUAUUUAACCAGGUGACAUGCGACUAUGUGGUAGAGCGGCAUCGCGCUGCUGAGCCGCACACAACGGUUCGUGUCUACGGUGUUACGCUGAGUGGCGAGUCUGUGCUCCUGUGUGUGCAGGGCUUUGCUCCGUACUUCUAUGCAUCGGCGCCGAAGGGUUUCGGGGACGGCGCUCUUGGCGAACUUCGAGCCGAACUGGAGCACAAGUGCCGAACAAUGGGCCGCGUUGCCGACUGCUCCGGGGAUUGUAUCCUGGGUGUCGAGCGGGUUCGACGCCGCUCCGUCUUGUACUACAAGCCGGGCGAAGACGAUAGCGAGUUCCUGCGCAUUACCGUGCGUACUCCAGACCUGGUGCGCGUGGCGGCAGGACUGCUCAGUCAGGGCUCUGUCUUGGGUCGCGUGUUCGAUGUGUUCGAGUCAUCAGUCGACUUCGUGCUGCGCUUCAUGAUCGAUACCAAAAUGAUGGGCUGCUCGUGGAUCGAAGUACCUGCUGGUUCCUAUACAGUGGUCUCGAAUGCGCUGAGCCCGAGUUAUGCGCAGAUCGUUGCCGAAGCACACUGGCAAUCAGUGGUGUGCCACCCACCCAGCGGGGAGUGGCUGCGAACGGCUGCGUUUAGAAUACUCUCGUUCGACAUCGAGUGCGCUGGAAGAAAAGGAAUCUUCCCAGAACCCGAAAAUGACAGCGUCAUCCAAAUAGGCUGUCACCUCGGGGAGUACGGGAAGACGGAGCCUCUCGUGCGCGCUAUCUUCACGCUCGGCUCCUGUGCACCAGUCGCCGGUGUGCAGGUGAUUUCCCUCAACCGCGAACAGGAGCUUUUGCAGAGCUUUCGGAACUUUCUGGUUGCUGCCGAUCCAGAUAUCAUUACAGGAUACAAUAUUGUGAAUUUUGAUCUACCCUACCUUUUGAAUAGAGCGUCUGCAAUUGGUGCGAGUCGCUUCCCCUACCUGGGACGUAUAUGUCGCGAACGCACAACCAUGCGUCGGACGCGUCUUUCAUCGAGCGCUUUUGGUACGCACGAGAGCAUGACGUUCUCCAUUGAGGGUCGAGUCAUCAUGGACAUGCUGCAGGUGAUCAUUCGCGAUCACAAGCUGCGCUCGUAUUCGCUGAACUCGGUGUCAUCAGAGUUCCUCAACGAACAGAAGGAGGACGUCCAUUACUCUAUCAUCACCGAUUUGCAGGCAGGUAACGAGCAUACGCGGCGACGUCUUGCGGUUUAUUGCCUCAAAGAUGCCUAUCUACCGCUGCGGCUGAUGGACAAGCUCAUGUCGUUGACGAACUAUAUGGAGCUCGCUCGUGUGACUGGUGUUCCGCUGGACUGGUUGCUCAGCCGGGGUCACAUGGUGAAAGUUGUGUCGCUCCUGCACCGCAAGGCGCACGAAGCUGACCUGCUCGUCCCUGACCUGCCCCGCACGGAAGCUGGGGGGCGCAGUGGCGACGGCGGUCCGCAGUACGAGGGCGCCACGGUGAUCGAGCCAAAGAAGGGCUUCUACCGAACACCAAUAGCCACCAUGGACUUCGCCUCGCUGUAUCCCUCCAUCAUGAUGGCUUACAAUCUCUGCUAUUCGACACUCGUGCACGAGUCGGAUGUCCCGAAGCUGAAACCUGACGACUACAUCCGCACGCCUCUGGGCCACUGCUUUGUGAAACCGUCCGUACGUAAGGGCAUUCUCAGUGAGAUGCUCGAGGAGUUUCUGGCAUCGCGGAAGGCAGCAAAGAGGGACAUGCAAAACGCGACGGAUCCGUUUCUCCGAGAGGUUCUGAAUGGCCGCCAACUUGCGUUGAAAAUAUCGGCAAACGCUGUAUACGGGUUCACGGGAGCCUCCGUGGGUAAGCUGCCCUGCAUGGAGAUUUCAGCCUCUGUCACGUCGUACGGCCGCAAUAUGAUUGAACUAACGAGGAGCACGGUCGAGCGGCUCUAUCCGGGUGCCGAGGUGAUCUAUGGCGAUACGGACUCAGUGAUGGUCAAAUUCAACGAUCACGCGACUCUGGAACAGGUGAUGGAGCUCGGCCGCGAAGCCGCAAAGCAGCUGACAAACAUCUUUCCGCCUCCUGUUAGACUGGAGUUCGAAAAAGUGUACUAUCCGUAUCUGCUGAUUUCAAAGAAACGCUACGCUGGUCUCUACUGGACGAGACUCGAGCGGCACGAUAAGAUGGACUGCAAAGGCAUCGAGUCCGUGCGGCGCGACAAUUGCCGGCUUGUCGCGAACGUGGUGGACACCGUGCUACAGAAGUUGCUUAUUGAGCAGGAUGUGGACGGAGCGAUCGAGUUUGUGAAGAAGAUCGUGUCCGAUUUGCUGCAAAACCGUAUCGAUCUCUCCCUGCUGGUUGUCUCCAAGACGCUGACUCGAGCCACAACUGACUACGAAGCCAAGCAGGCGCACGUUUUCCUGGUGGAGAAGUUGCGGAAACGCGACUCAGGCUCUGCCCCGUCCUUGGGCGAUCGGGUUCCGUACGUCAUUAUCAAGGGAGCAACAAAGAACGAAAAGGCCUACACCCGUGCUGAGGACCCGAUAUACGUUCUCGAGAACAGCAUCCCCAUCGAUGCUCACUACUACCUAGAAAAUAUGCUGCGAAAACCCCUUGAGCGCAUUUUUUCUGCGGUCAUGAAAAGACCAGAGACGCUCUUCAGCGGCGCGCAUACUCGCAGUAUCCAAGUCGCAACGCCGAGAACCGGAAGCGGCAUUAUGAAGUUUGCAAAGUUCCGCCUCCAGUGUGUCCGCUGCCGCGCCGGCAUCAAUGAGGCCGAGUUACAGAAACGAGGCCUCAAAGGAAGUGCCCUCUGCGAACACUGCAGGGACUUUGAGGCGGAGACGUAUCUGCGUCAUCUCAAGCAGACAGCAGAGCUCGAGCAGCUGUUCAGCGCGCUAUGGACACAGUGCCAGGAGUGUAUGGGUUCUUGUAUCCAGGACGUGCUCUGCAGUAACGGCGACUGUCCGAUAUUUUACCGGCGGCGAAAAGUCCAGAAGGACAUCACCGAAGCGCAAACUAUUCUCGGGCGCUUUGGGGAUGUCUGGUAA